UUCGCCUUCGACUUCGCCUGACCUUCCCCGUCCCUUCCAGGCUUCAUCGACGCGCCCAAUUCGGAAGUCGAAACCCCUUCGUGCUAGGGUUAGGGUUUUGCUGCUCCAAGGAAAGCACGGCGAUGGCCAUGGCAAUGGGCUCCGCUCCGGCGCCACCCCCUCGCCAGUUCAAGCUCGCGAGGGAGAGCGAACUGAGGGUGGAGGUGGGCGCCGCCGCCCCGCUCCGCGUCCGCCUCCUCUCCGGCACCGCAGAGAUCUUCGGCGCCGAGCUCCCCCCCGAGAAUUGGCUCCCCAUCCCUCCUCGUAGCAAGAUCGCGAUUUUUACUUGGCAUGGUGCAACGAUCGAGCUGGAUGGGAUCAGUGAGGUCGAGUAUGUGGCGGAUGAGACGCCCAUGGUAAGCUAUGUGAAUGUUCAUGCCAUACUUGAUGGACGGAGAACUCACGCUAAGGCAUCGCAAGGCAGUGGACUGGAUGCUUCACAGGGUCCUCGGGUGAUUGUUGUGGGACCUACAGAUUCUGGGAAAAGCACUUUGUGCAGGAUGCUUCUCAGCUGGGCCUCUAAACAGGGCUGGAAACCUACAUUUGUGGAUUUGGAUAUUGGCCAGGGAUCCAUUACUAUACCUGGAUGUAUUGCCGCCACACCAGUUGAGAUGCCCAUAGAUGCAGUAGAAGGAAUCCCGUUAGAGAUGCCUAUCGUGUACUUCUAUGGGCACACUACUCCCAAUGUUAAUGCAGAUCUUUAUAAGGUUCUUAUGAAGGAGCUUGCUCAGACACUGGAGAAGCAGUUCUCUGGGAAUGCCGAAUCUAGAGCUGCUGGCAUGGUGAUCAACACAAUGGGAUGGGUAGAAGGCCUUGGGUAUGAGUUACUUCUUCAAGCAGUUGAUACUUUCAAAGCUAAUGUUGUUCUGGUCUUGGGCCAGGAGAAACUUUGCAGCAUGUUGAAAGAAGUACUAAAGAGCAAGCCUAAUGUAGACAUUGUGAAACUUCAUAAAUCAGAAGGGGUUGUUCUGAGAAAUCAGAAGGUCCGCCAGAAGGCUAGAAGUUUUAGAAUCAGGGAAUACUUUUAUGGCCUUUCAAAUGAUCUCUCCCCACAUUCAAAUAUUAUCAAUUUUAGUGAUGUUUCUAUUUACCGAAUUGGUGGUGGCCCACAAGCACCUCGUUCGGCACUACCUAUCGGUGCAGAGCCAGUGGCAGACCCGACGAGAGUAGUUGCAGUCAACAUAAACCGGGACUUACUGCACUUGGUUUUAGCUGUUUCUUAUGCUAAGGAACCUGAUCAAAUAAUUUCCAGCAACGUCGCCGGGUUUAUAUAUGUCACAGAUAUAGAUAUCCAGAGGAAGAAGAUCGUUUGCCUUACACCGUGCCCUGGUGAACUGCCGAGCAAGAUUUUGGUUGUGGGAACGCUGACUUGGUUGGAAGGCUGAUACAGGUUUUAACAUUGGCAUCACCAAAUUCAAUGUUCUGGUACAUUGUCCUCUUGAGUGUGCUCGGCUAUCUCUGGCCUUACUGCAACGAGAUUGUUUGCGACAUGUAACCAUGGAAAUUUCUCUCUUCAUGAAUGCGGCAUAGUUCUGUAAAAGUGGUCAUUGCGUUUUGUGAAGUAACUAGCCAACGUAAUGCUGGACUGCUGUGAAGCCUGCGGGUUUUGUGAAGUAACUAGCCAACGUAAUUUUGGACUGCUGUGAAGCCUGCGGGUUUUUACAUACGAAAGGUUAUAUCUUUGUAAGCUUAAUAUUUAUUGCUCUAAUUUGGCGCUUUUAUGCUUUACAAGUGGUUUUCGCUCCUUAGUAGCUAAAUAAAUAGCAAGGCUGACACAAACUGA